AUGGUCUAUCAACUCUUGAACCGCUCCGGAAGCCUUUUGAGCUCCCUCUCUUCCCGUCAAGCCGGCCGCCUUUCCAAGACGCUCGUCACCCCCGGCCCAAUUAGCUCCCAAUUCCGCCGUGCGUACCACGAGAAAGUCAUCGACCAUUACGAGAACCCACGGAAUGUGGGCUCUUUUCCAAAGACUGACCACGACGUUGGGACUGGUCUCGUCGGCGCACCCGCUUGUGGUGACGUGAUGAAGCUCCAGAUUAAGGUAGACGACAAGGGAAUCAUCUCCGAUGUCAGAUUCAAAACCUUUGGAUGUGGCUCGGCUAUCGCCAGUUCCUCUUACAUGACCGAGCGAGUUAAGGGAAUGAGCUUGCAAGAAGCCGGAGCGAUCCGCAACACGGAGAUUGCCAAAGAACUGAGUUUACCGCCUGUGAAGCUACACUGCUCGAUGUUGGCCGAAGAUGCAAUCAAGGCGGCCAUUCGUGACUACCAAAACAAGCUCAAAAAGGCCGGCGCUCAAAAUGCUAACGGGUUCAUCGACGUCAGCCAGAGCGUCUCCACCGGCGAAACUAUCGCGACCGCCCAUCCUGCCGCUACCAAGUAA